AUGCCAUCUCCCGCAGACCUCAUCCUGUCCGACCCCACUCUCGCUUCCGUCCUCCCAGCCUCCUUCGCCUAUGGUGCUGCGUCGGCCUCACACCAGAUCGAAGGUCAUAUCGCUGCUGAUGGCAAGGGUCCAAAUGUCUGGGACAUCAUCCUCAAAGACAAGAAGGGGGAGAAUGGCGAGGACGCGUGCAAUAGCUACGAGCAGUGGCAGGAGGAUGUGGAUCUGCUAAAGCUGUACGGAGCCAACACCUAUCGAUUCAGCAUCAGCUGGGCGAGGAUCUUCCCGGAUGGUGAUUGCACCAAGACUCCCAACGAGGCCGGGAUCAAGUACUACUCAACCCUCAUCGAUGCGCUCCUCGAGGCCAAGAUUCAGCCCUGUAUCACCAUCUUCCACUGGGACCACCCACAAGCUCUCGAGGACAAGUACGGCAGCUUCUCGGACGAGCGUAUCGUGGAUGACUUUGUCGGCUUUGCCAAGGUGCUCUUCGAGCGACUGGGCGACAGAUGCAAGUUCUGGAUCACCAUCAACGAGCCUCACAUCUUCACCUUGUUCUCGAGCUUGACCUACAUGUCUGAGCGGUGGGACUACGAUUCCUCCUACGGCAAGCUAGCGCGAAUCCUCCUGCUCUGCCACGCAAAGACUGUCGACCUAUAUCGCCGCGAGUUCCAGCCAGAGCAGAAGGGCACUAUCGGGAUCACAUAUAACUGCGACUGGACUGAGCCCAUUGAUUCGUCUGUGGAAGCAAAAGAAGCAGCUCAAGGUGUCCGACACAACGUGCUGAGCCUGUUCGCCGACCCAGUAUUCCUCGGCUCGUGGCCUGACUACAUCAAGAAACAGCAAGGCGAGCACGCACCUCAGUUCAGCGAGGCAGAGUGGAAGCUCGUCAAAGGGUCCUCGGACUUCUUUGGGCUCAACCACUACGGUACUACCUAUACUACCGGCAAGCGGCUCGAUCGAGCUACCGCAGACCGAUUCCAAGUUGGAUUUGGGUUCUAUGAGCGGGUCUUCGAGAAGGACGGCGUCAAGAUCGGAAACAAGGGAGAGAAUGGGCACCCCCAUGAUGUCCCAUGGGGGUUCCGUAAGCUCCUGCAGUACAUUGCCGACCGGUACACCCGAUCCGCUAACAUUCCGAUUUACAUUACCGAGAAUGGCUUUCCCGUCGAAGGCGAGGGCGAUCUAUCCCGGGAAGAAGCUAUCAAAGACGUACAGCGCCAGGCGUAUUACGCAGGAUACUUGCGCCAGCUGUUCGAGGCGAGUAGGGAUGACGGGAUCAAUAUCGGAGGAUACAUGGCUUGGUCUCUGCUCGAGUAG